AUGAUGGAGCUCUCCAUGAAAACAGGCGGAGCUGUGGAAGCCUUGGGCAAGGAAAGGAUCAAGAGUAACCUGACGCAGCGGAACGUCAAGACGGCCAGACGCUUCAGCGGGAUGUACGGCGCAGCCGAUCUGAAAAACAAGUGCAACAUUCCAGUCGUCAAGCCGAACGACAAGUUUCGCGUCGUCUGGGACAUUAUGGGCAUUUCCCUGAUUGUGAUGGACGCCUUCCUUCUGCCAGCGUCGAUUGCAUGGGAUCUGGAUGUCACACCUUUCCCCAGGAAGAUCAGCUUCGGAUCUCGCGUUCUGCAGGUCUUUGCUGCCGUCGCUAUGUUCUUCUGGCCUGUCGACAUCGUGAUAAAUUUCAACACUGGCAUCUAUGUGGGUGCUGUGCUGGAGACACGUCGUGCCGUUAUUGCCAGGCGCUACAUAUGCUCUUGGUUCCCUUUCGACAUGACUGUGGUCACACUGGACUUUGUUUUGGCGCUGUCCACGUCCUCGGAGGAGAUGGGUGGCGCGCUGCAGUCAUUCCGAUCUGCACGCUUUCUGCGCGUAUUCCGAUCGCUUCGAAUCAUACGCCUUCUCAAAGCUGGAAAAAUCAACGUGGUCUUGGAGAACCUAUUGAUCUCCAUGGGACGGCAGUGGCUCAUCUUGGCUUUCACCGUCGGAAGAAUGCUGAUGACGAUCAUGAUAGUGCUGCACAUCCUUGCCUGCUCCUGGUUUGGCUUGGGCGAGGCUGUGUCCACUUGGGGUCAGAAAAGUUGGAUUGAGUGGGCCGAGAUCUCCGACCUCGACGGCCAAACUCAGUACAUCCACGCCAUGCAGUGGAUCUUGCUGCCCCCUGCUCCCGCUCCGCUAUCGGCGGACAGCGCGAUUGAACGACUUGCCACCAUCAUGACCGUGGUUGUUACCGUUCUCGUGAUUGGUACAUCUCUGUCCGUGCUGACCGGAACGUUGCAGGAGAUCCGCCAGGUCAACAACGAGCGCAGCAGAAAGCGACGGGAGCUGCGCAUCUUUCUUCAAACCAAGGCAGCACCAACUGAGCUGGUGAUGAAAGUCAUGAGCUACGCUGAUUACAAGAUGGCCCGGCACUCCCCGAUAGCUUUCGAUGAGACGCUCAUCUCUCCCAAGUUGGAAGCGGAGCUUGCGACGUUCCAACAUGGAGGUUAUCUACAAGAGCAUCCCAUCUUUUGGCUUGUGGACACAUUGUUCCCGCUUGUGUUCAACGAUCUCUGCAGCACCCUGGACAAGCAGCUUUUCUGUGAGGGAGAGGCAGUCUUUCGACUGGGGACCUUGGCGGAGAUGAUGUACAUCAGCAGCCAUGGAGAUUUCCGAAUCUGUACCGAUGCGCAGGCCACGAAGAAGUUCUCGGGUGCCCAUCACUACUUCGCAGAGGUGGCGUUGUACGUGGAAGCUGCGAUGCACGAUUGUACGCUGUUGGCCGAAUCCUUCACGGAAGUUUUCGUCCUCACCAGCUCGAAGCUUGCGGCGGUUCUGGCCAACUCCCCAGUCUGUGCCGCAAUGUACAUUGAGUACGCCAACGAGUACAUUUCCCACCACGUGGUGAUGUCACCAGACUCCGAGCCGGAAGAAGUCGUUGAAGCGCACCUUCGGAACGCCGAGAAUGCUUGCGAAAGCAACUCCUUUUACUUGGACAUGUACGUGGACGAAAGAAAGCAGCUGAGCAGCCUUCAUCUGUCUUCUCUUCGAAAUGUGGAGAGUCCGAGUCAAAGUCUGCGAAAGUCCGAGUCGGCGAGCUCUUUUGGAUCUGGAGAUGUGGUCAUGACGCGGACGAAGUCCUUCAACCACCGGGCUCGGACAACGAAGACACCGCGUCACCACGAUGACCAGAACACCAAGCACAUCACCCCCAAGGAGUUCAUCGACAGCGUCUUCGAGUCAGACGAGCCGACAGCGACGGUGGUCACUAAGCUGCGGGAUGCCUUCGUUGAGCUGGAUCCCGAUGACGGCCUCCAUGCCAGGUUUUCGGACGCGAAGGAGCAGGAGCGGGCAGAGUCUGCCAUCUUGAGUUUGAUUGCUCUGGUCCGCGGCAACUACGAGGCCUACACCGCGCCUCAGAAGCCCGCGGCCCGGUUGACGCCAGACCAGUGGCAGCAACUGCAAAGUGUGGUGGCGUGGUCUGCGCCUGAUCGAGAGAAGCUGACGGCCGCGAUAUUUCUACUUGCCGUGAGGGGCAUCGGCAAGUGCAGGUCCGUUACGCACCAGCUGCCUUCGGCACAUCAACGCCCAGACCAGGCCGUGUUGUUCGUCUUAGACCAUUACCCCGACGCUGUGCCUUCCAUCUACAGCUUCGGGGAAGAUGUCCGACAUCUUGUGGACGACACCCUUGAGCUGCAGCACGAUUUCAUUUUCGCGCAGAUGCUGCAAGGUGAGAAUGUUCCAGCCAACUUGCUGCAGCUGAAGAAUUUCAUAAAUGAAAGAAGUGGCGAAGAAACCUUGAAGUUCUACGUGCUGUUCUUGUUGGGCUUUCUGUCUGGCCUAGCCGGCGGCCAGGGCUCGCGUUUCAUGACGCACAACAAUGCCAAAGCCACCAUCCUUGGUUUGUCCAUCCUGAAGCAGGUCCUCAUAAAGGACCCAGCAGCUCUCUACUGGACUUACAUCCACAAUCGUGGGGUGGAGCUGGGACGAAAAGCCAGCAGCACGGAGGAUCUGGCCGUCUUGCGGCUUGCAUGCUUGUGUCGUGCCCAAUCCGACCAGGACCUCGAUGAGCUGCAGAGUGCAUGGGACCAGCUCAGCAAGGGUGAAAGGAAGGAGUUGGUCAAGCACUUCUUGGCAGAUGGCAUUGGCUUCCGCGCGGUCGUCUUGGAGUUCCUGCCCUUAUGCUUGGAACGCGCCAAGAAGAACCCGUUUGUCACUGUCCCGACCUUGCUCGAGGUGUUGGUGGAGCUGCUGCGCGCAGUUCGCUCAUCGGCAACUGGCACAGGGCAGACCGUCCCUGUCGAUUUGGCCGAUCUGGCAGCAUUCAUCUUCAUGGUGCAGAACGGCUUUGUGUUCCAGACUUGCCUUUCAAGAUCCAAGCUUCAAAUCAAGGAAGGACGAUGCUUCUUGGAAAUGACGCAGGAGAACUGGAGAAGAGUCAGCGAGCCCCAUACAGAUGUCGUUAUGCUGGCAAGCUCGGUAAGAGAGCUUGUGCAGACGCGCAAGCGCGAGGAUGAUGAGAAGGAGAGUCUUCAGAUCAGCACGCCCUUGAAUGAAGUGGCAGUGAUGAGCUGCCGCUUUUGA